CCUCGGUAUCCUCCGUGCGUUGUGGGUUUCUGCUCCCAUCACCGCGCCUCCGUCACUGGCAGAGCAGCGAUGGAGAGGUGAUCUUCUGGUGCAGGACAUGCUUCGCUUCCAGCCGUUACCGGGAAUGCAUCAACUUGUCUGCAGAAACUGUCUCUGAAUGGUCUUGGCCCUUGGCUGCGGGGCAGUGAGCUGCUACCAUGACUUACCCCAACACCAGCAUACUGACAGCCAACUUCAGUGGAACUUUAGACAGCCAUGACUCUGGCGGAAACAUUUACCGGCCCUUCUCAGUUUUCAGUGUUCUCACUCUUACGUUACUGGCGAUGCUGGUGGUAGCCACCUUUGUCUGGAACUUGCUGGUGCUGGCGACCAUCCUCAGGGUGAAGACGUUCCACCGAGUCCCCCACAACCUUGUGGCUUCAAUGGCCAUCUCCGACGUGAUGGUGGCUGCCCUGGUCAUGCCUCUCAGUCUCGUCCAUGAGCUGAAUGGCCGGCUGUGGAAACUGGGUCGCGUGCUGUGCCAGGUGUGGAUCUCCUUUGACGUACUCUGCUGCACAGCCAGCAUCUGGAAUGUGACGGCCAUCGCACUGGACCGCUACUGGUCCAUCACCAGGCACCUGGAGUAUACACUGAAGACUCGCAAAAAGAUUUCCAAUGUGAUGAUUGCGCUCACAUGGCUGCUGUCCUCCAUCAUCUCCCUGUCGCCUCUCUUCGGCUGGGGGGAGACCUACUCAGAGGGGAUGAAGUGCCAGGUGAGCCAGGAGCCGUCCUACACGAUCUUCUCCACCUUCGGGGCAUUUUACCUCCCUCUUUGUGUGGUGCUGUUCGUUUAUUGGAAGAUCUACAAGGCUGCCAAAUUUCGGAUUGGCUCCCGCAAAGGCAACACAAUCACACCCAUGGCUGAGGUGAAGGCGGAAACACAGCAGCCCCAGAUGGUGUUCACUGUGCGCCACGCCACCGUGACCUUCCAGACGGACGGUGACACGUGGCGUGAGCAGAAGGAGAAAAAGGCUGCGCUGAUGGUCGGCAUUUUGAUUGGUGUGUUUGUGCUCUGUUGGAUUCCCUUCUUCAUCACCGAGCUCAUCGUGCCGCUGUGCUCCUGUGACAUCCCGCCCAUCUGGAAGAGCAUCUUCCUGUGGCUGGGCUACUCCAACUCCUUCUUCAACCCACUCAUAUACACCGCCUUUAACAAGAACUACAACAAUGCUCUGAGGAACCUCUUCUCCCGACAGCGCUGAGACAUUCAGCACACUCAGCGGACACACUACACCAGCAUGCACUCUACAGUGUUACUCCUCCAGACAGAAAAGGAUUGAUAAUGGGAAUGAAUGAUACCCAUAAACUGUGUCUGAAGAAAAAACUGUCAUUUUUAUCUAGGCGGUGUUUUGUUUAUUACCAUGCGUAGGUAACCUCACAGCUGGACUGAAAUGACUGUCUGAGGAUGUUGUAGCUACGAAGAGAAUAACAAAUUGCUUGUGUUGUGGCAGGAGUAGAUACAACGUCGUCUAUGUUGGUUUUCUCUCUGUCGUUUCAGGCUUAUUAGGGAGAAAAGCAUGUUAACUCCCUCAUAAACAGUUUCAUCAUCGUAUGUGAAGCUGCUGGGAAUCAUUUUAAAGUAGAAGAAAAUAUUUUAGAACUGAACAAAAAUUAACCUAACAUAUAAUAAACUAAGAACAAGCUGUGGACUCUCCUAUUCCCUGCACUAAUUGCAAACCUUGACUGAAAGUUUUCACCCCCAUAGAAUCAGUGAGUGAGCCUUAUAUCAUUUUGUUUCAUACAUUAAGUCUCAAGCAUGAGGAAUGGUUCCUCAGCAAAUAGUUGUUUUAUAUGUAAGUGAGUUCCAGUUGCAUAGCAACAUCAAAGUUUUUUGCCCAAAUCUCUUAAAAUAUAAAAUUUCUGAAUUUGAAAGGCAGAAGAGGCCGCUGUGCAACUGUUCAAACCAACUAUCAUUGCUUUCCAGUGAAAAAUUUGGUGAAUCUGAAUGCUUCAGCUAACUGAAGGAUUACGUCUACUGAUUACCUCUGCCACCGGAGUUAUUUUUUUGUUGUUUGUCUGCAGGAUUAUGCAAAAACUACUGAUCAUAUUGCUGCAUGUUUGAAUUUAAGGGGACUGUUGGGCCUUGGCGCAGGUAAGUGACAUUCUAGUUGUAUAAGAAAAUCCUGUGGCUGGCCGCGGCUGUGGUGAUAGAGCAUGGUGGCCACUGUGCCCAGGGUUGGUGGUUUGGUCCCUGACUCCCCCAAUCCAAGAGUGUCUUAGGUAGGGAACCCGGUGUAGAAGAAACAAGCAACAAAAAAUUGUUCAAGUUAUUGAUCCUAUCCCAAAUCAUUUAACAAGAUUAAUGCUGUGUCUCGAAAGUGACACUUCAGUCAGUGCACUGUGAGGUCAGUAUACACACUGGCAUAGUGCAUGAAUUCCAACAGGGUAGUGUUUUCCCAAAUUCAACACAACCGUUGUGCACUCACAGGAUAUGACGGCCGCAAAAUGUUACCAAUUGUCACCACGGCCAAAAUAUCUGCUGGCUGCUUUAUUCACUUAAAAAUGAAUGUUUAAGUUUCUGUAUUUCAUUUUUUUUCACUAACCACAAUACAUGUGAGUGCACAGACUGAAUUAUCCAAUUCCAGACGCAACAAUAAUUUCAUCAUGUGACGUUGGUUAUUAGUCUAUAACAAUUUCAACUUUAAAUGUAGCAAAGUAAAAUAGUCAACGCUAUAAAAAGGUGAAUGUAACUCGUUCAUUUCUCCCACUGCAUUUUGGGUACAACAUCGGCUGCACUGCAAGUUGCCAUACCUGACAGUAAACCAACCGACCAACAUUGCCAUCACUAAAGCCCUGCACAAAAAAAAACAUGCGAUUAUCUGAAAAAAAAAAAGGUUUAGCCAUGCGUUUGACGUAGCUCAUGGAAUUUGAUGCUUUACAGAUGCAUCAAGAUUUUCCAAUUCAGGCUUAAUGAAUAAUCAACCUGCAUAUUGUCUUUACCUAACUUCAGCCUCUUUCUUUAAUUUGUACUUUUACAUGAUGUUUAACUGUAUGUUGAUAUUUUUGAGUUUGCCAUGUAUAGUACAGGAAGAGAUUGCCUCAAUAAUUGGAAAAUUAAUAAUUGAGACUCAGCUGCUGAAAAGAGUAAUGUAUCACAAUGAAGGAAAAUGAAAAGAAAAUUAAGGCCACUUUUUGUAAUGGUUGUUUGAAUAUUAGCAAUAUUUUGUGGUUAAUAAUGAAAAGCAUGGAAUAUAGACAGAAACAAUAAUUAUUGUUACCUCACUCUGUCAGAAAUGGUUAAAACAAUUGACUUGGCCCCUCUAUUGUGUAUUUAUCGCAUGACUUGCUGUUUGACAAGAGCCAUUGUGCAGGAUUGACUUAUUUAAUGACUUCUUACUGCUCUAUAACUUGCCCAAGGAUAGUGUAUUAUUCACCCUUCAACCGUCUUACAGUAGGUUUUGUUCAAUGUGACGACCCAUCUCAGGAAAUGUAAAGUGUUGAAAAAAUGUGCUGUUUACCCUUGUUUCCAUUUUUUUUUAAAUGUUCAAAAGAGUUAUAAAUGUGGACCAUCACGUUCACCAGAGGCACUCAGAAAUUCACACUUGUAUUUAAACUUGAGAAACAAAAUAACAGUUGUGGAAUCUAGAAUGGUCCAUCGUGUGUAACCGUGUCUGUUGUUUUUUUUUCAGUGUGUGCAUUCUUUCUUCCACAUAAUCCUUGGAUGAUAAAAGAUGAAAAUAAAUGAGCUCUUAAUUUUUGA